AUGGCAGCACGCCAAUCAACACCAGCCUCGGAGCAUUCGCAUUCCGAUGGGGGAAUCCGCAAAAGAGUAUGCAAGGCGUGCGAUCGGUGUCGUUUGAAGAAAUCCAAGUGUGAUGGAUCCAGUCCGUGCUCACGAUGCCGAGCUGAUAACGCCAUCUGUGUCUUUGGGGAACGAAAGAAGGCACAUGAUAAGGUGUACCCUAAAGGAUACGUGGAAAUGCUGGAACAGCAACAAACAUGGCUAGUCAACGGCCUCCAAGAACUUUAUCGACGGAACCUGGAAGGCGAAGGCUGGCCGGGCGAGCAGUUGAAGCUUGAACCCAACGGCCACCCGCUGACACACGACCUUCUGAUGCGCCUCGGUGCCCUCGACAGCAGCAAAGGCGAACGCUUUGAAGAGCACCCCGAGGCCCUCCAGCAGGAUCUAUGGCGCACCAACACAGGCAUGCAGCGACAAGAAUCCUCCGACGGAGGCUCCGAUAGUCCACAGUCCCCUGCCCGGUCACGGUUCUCCUCCGACGCCUUCUCGCAGCACACGAUGCCCCCUACACCACCCACAUAUAGCCCAUCCACACGCGCACCGAUCAAGACGGAGCCCCAGAUGCCCAAUACACCACAAUUUGCGCAGCCGAUGCCCAUGGGGGUCGUUAAUCCCUUGGCGCUCGAUCAACAGUGGUCCAACCACGGGUUCAAUCCCUUUGAGGAUAUGGAUCUGAUGUCCGCCGAUUACUCACAUAUGCCCUUUGACGACCAGCUAUCAUCACCGAUGUUCAACCGUCAGGUGCCGAUGAAUUGCAUGUCACAAGGGUCAUAUAUAGACUCCAAGAACGAAUACGACGACUUCAACCAGUUCUUGAAUCCGAACCCUGCGGAAAUCACCUCUCUCUAA